CUUGUCUCUUUACUUUGGUCGAUUUUUCUUCAAGCGGUUUGUCCUUUUACCAGCCUCAUCGUCAUCGGGCCCUGAUCUUCGCUUACUUUUUCCCCAAAAUCUUCUUUUUUCGGUUUCAUUUUUGCAACAGAUCAUUUGCAUAUAUAUACACAUUCUCGUGGAUGUAGCAGUGGAGAUUGGCGACCUUGCAAUUGGAUGAGGUCCGCUGGCGCUUCUGAAUUAUGGUCUGUGUAGCUCAGUAAGGGGCGUGGGGGAGAAGUAGAUUAUAUAUGAAAGUUAAGUGAGAAUACCUUGUGGAAGUCAGGAACUUGUUUUGGCGAAGAACUUCUAUCUAAGUGUUCAUCACUAAAUCAUGGAUCAUGUUGUUGGUGGAAAGUUUAAGCUCGGGAGGAAAAUUGGAGGUGGCUCUUUCGGGGAACUCUAUUUAGGAGUGAAUAUACAAACUGGAGAGGAAGUUGCUAUCAAGCUGGAACCUGUCAAGACCAAACACCCUCAACUUCAUUAUGAGUCCAAAAUUAUCAUGCUUCUGCAAGGAGGAACGGGGAUUCCUAACCUCAAAUGGUAUGGAGUUGAGGGUGAGUACAAUGUCAUGGUUAUUGAUCUUCUUGGACCAAGCUUGGAAGAUCUAUUCAACUAUUGCAACAGAAAAUUUACGCUGAAAACAGUGUUAAUGCUGGCAGAUCAGUUCAUUAAUAGAGUGGAAUAUGUCCAUUCAAGAGGUUUCCUUCAUCGAGAUAUAAAGCCUGACAACUUUUUGAUGGGCCUGGGAAGAAAAGCAAAUCAAGUAUACAUUAUCGAUUUUGGCCUCGCAAAAAAGUAUAGGGAUCUUCAGACCCAUAAGCACAUACCAUACAGAGAAAAUAAGAAUCUCACAGGCACAGCUCGUUAUGCUAGUGUCAACACACACCUUGGAGUUGAACAAAGCAGGAGGGAUGAUCUGGAAUCUCUUGGUUACGUGUUAAUGUAUUUUUUAAGAGGAAGUCUUCCCUGGCAGGGGCUGAGAGCAGGCACCAAAAAGCAGAAAUAUGACAAGAUUAGUGAAAAGAAGAUGCUAACUCCAAUAGAGGUGCUAUGUAAAUCAUAUCCAUCCGAGUUUGUAUCAUACUUCCACUAUUGCCGAUCAUUACGAUUUGAAGACAAACCAGAUUAUUCAUACCUGAAGAGGCUUUUCCGUGACUUGUUUAUUCGAGAAGGUUAUCAGUUUGACUAUGUCUUUGAUUGGACCGUAUUGAAGUAUCCUCAAAUUGGUAGCAGUUCUAGAGGACAGAAUCCAAGUGGGAAUAUGGGCUUAAACCCUGGACCAGCUGCGGAAAAACCAAAAAGGAUCUCAGUGGUGCCAGAGAUUAGAGAUAAACUCUCAGGUGCAGUCGAAGUAUUUUCUAGAAGACAUGCCUCAGGUUCUGGUCGGCACGGUGACCACACUAAAUACCAAGUUUCAGAGGAUAUUCCUUCAUCCAAGGAUGUGGAACCUGAUUCAGAGAGAGGCCAAACUUCUCGAGCGGGCAGCUCUUCAAGACGAGCUAUCUCCUCCAGCAGACCAACUUCCCUUGCAGAACCCAGUGAACUGCCCCCAAGCAGGCUAGCGUCGAGUGUUGGGCGCUCAUCCACCAUACAGAAACCCCAACCACUGGUGGAGCCAAAAUUGUCAUCUUUUGCUCGUUCUUCUGUCAUGAAGGGGGCUACGCGCAAUGACCCUCUUCGCAGCUUCGAGUUUCUCUCACUGCGGAAGUAAAUGAAGUUUAUUUAUCCUUCAAAAAAGUACAUGUGUUUGAAACAGACAACUCCCAUCUAGCUCUGCGUUCACUCUUGUAUAUGGAAGUCAAAAUGCCAUACACAACUAAAUGUCAUGUAAGCUGGCCUUUUUGCAGCAAGUUUUGUGUCUUGGUAUUCAGUUGUUAGCCACUCUGAUACAUUUGUUUCUCUUAUUGUUAUUAUGUUGAAAAUUCUCCUCAUUAGUUGCAACAAUAGAAUGAAGGUAACUUAAAUAGGUUUCCUCCAA